GAACAUCAAUUGCAGGGGACCUUUCUUUUUAUUUUUGCAACAGUUGUAUCGGGUAACAGGCUUAUUCUCGGUGCCAUGUGUUGUACCUGAGGCUUGCCUACCGUCUCCUACCAGACGCAUCCUCCCCGUUUCUUCUUCUGACCUCCUCCCCAUCUUCGGCCCGUUGCUCACAAUCUCUCUGCCUGCUGCCGCCUUGACAAGGCUUUGGGCACAAUGAAGCGUUGGGCACCAUCUCUGGGUCUUCUGGCAUAUUUGGCCGCGCUCGUGGCCGGAAAUGAGGUCAAGCUCAAACAAGACGACCCGAACCGCCAACGAUGCAGUGGCAUGUACAGUCGGAAGUCAUGGGGCGGCUCCGUCGAGCCCUUCAUUCUUGUAAAAUAUCUGCCUGAUCACACCGAAGACGACACCGACCCCGUCUCGUCGUUGAUCAUAUUCGAAUGGUCCGACGAACCCCUGAUCGGGCGCAUGCCUGCCGGGAGCACUAAUUACCGCGACCUCCAAACGAUAUGCACGUCGGACGCCGUGGGCAAAAAUUUGUGUGAAGAGAAGGAUAUUGGCUCAUUCAUCCUCGCGCCCAAUGCCACAUCUCUCGCUCAAAAUCCCAUAUACAAUGAGGCCAUACACCUGAAGGACCCAAAGGCCAUCAACUACCCGAUACGCCGGACGGGAUACUACUGCGUCAGCACCUAUGCGUUCAGUGACCACGAGUACGACGCCGUGGUCGAAUUCCGCAAUAGCUACGGCGAAUUGCCCGCCGCGCAGAUUGCCAAACUCCCCUUUUACGGCGGUCUGACCAUUGUCUACGCGGUGCUCGGGGUCUUUUGGGCGUUUCUGUACGUCCAGAACAGGUCCGACAUUCUCCCUGUGCAAAACUACAUCACCUUCACGAUCGUGUUCCUGAUCGUGGAACAGCUCAUGACCUGGGGCUUCUACGACUACCAGAACCGCCACGGCAACAACACUCUGAACAAGGUGUUUAUGAUUGUCGUCUCGAUACUGAACGCCGGCCGUAACUCGUUGUCUUUCUUCCUCCUGCUCAUUGUGUGCAUGGGCUUCGGUGUGGUCAAGCCCAGUCUCGGCCGGACGAUGAUAUACGUGCGCAUCCUCGCCGCCGCACACUUCAUAUUCGGCGUCAUCUACGCCAUCGCCAGCAUGGCCGUGACACCCGAGUCGGUCGGACCCCUCGUCCUCUUCGUCAUUCUACCACUCGCCGGAACCCUCACGGCUUUCUACGUCUGGACGCUGAGCAGCCUGAACGUCACGAUCAAGGACCUCGUGGACCGGAGGCAGAAGACCAAGGCACUCAUGUACAAGAAAUUGUCCUGGUGCAUUCUGGGGUCGAUCCUGGUCAUCUUUGCCUUUUUCUUCGUAAACAGCUUCGCCUUUGCCGGUAGUGGCGAAGCGGACUUUGUGCCCAAACAUUGGCAGACGCGUUGGUUCGUCUUGGAUGGUUGGCUCAACCUCGUCUAUCUAUUCGACAUCGCCUUUAUUGCAUACUUGUGGAGGCCAACUGCGAACAACAGGCGAUUCGCAAUGAGUGACGAAGUAAGUUGUUUCCUUCUCCUCCUCCUCCUCCUCUCCCGUUCUCACACACCGCCCUCUUCACCCGCGUCCUAGGGUGUUGGGAGGAAAUAUCCUGAUCACGGGUUCGCUAAUAAAUAUCCCAUAGUUGGCACAAGACGACGACGGCUUCGAAAUUAGAAGUAUCGCCGAUUCGCUCUCGGAUGAUGAAGAGGCAGCACGAAAGGAUCACGAGCGUGAAGUCAGUCCGGCUGGAGGAGCCAGUACGUCGCUCACGGAUGCUGUCAACAUUUCGCCAGCGAGAAAAGCCUCGCCCGCUCCGGCAUUGCAGAAUAGCAGUCGAGCACCUCCAAACCCACUGCCGCCCAGAGAGUCUUUGGAUGGAGAGACGAUCUUUGCCGUCGGUGAUGACAACCUUGAGUGGAGCGAUGGCGAGGAGGACAGUGACGACGAAAGGAAGAAGUUGACUAGCAAAUAAAACAUCGGUUGAAGCUAUCAGGGCCGCGGGUGUCCCACUGGGUUUCCUACGUCGAAUCCCUUAUGAAUUUUUGAGACCAUCGGGGAGUCGGGUUUUUAAGUCAUGAACAAUACUGUGAAAUGGACUUUCGGGUCGGGUGGCCUUGUAUACAUAAUGUAUUCACACACACAUAAAAGACAGAGGCAUUCUACAUGGUCGAGGUUCCCACGUAUGAC